GCUGUAGACACAGAAACGUGGACAAACGAACAACCAAAGCCUAGAGUCAACUUCGAAGAAAGAGCCAUGAGUGUUGCCCCCAAAGUUUAAUCACGUAAUAAAAUUCGAAAAAUAUAAUCUUUAUUCUUUUCUUUUUUUUGGGUCCUCAGAAAAAUCUAGCCGCUUGGAACAUAAAAAGCGAGACACGAUGCGGAAAUUCGCAGCUGGUAGGCUUAAAAGCGCUCUCACCCGUUAUUAUCAUAAACAAACCCCUCUUUCUUCUUCCCAAUCACGCUUCCUCUCAUCCACUCCUGUUCUUGAUUCUGCUACUCCCAUGGCAGACUCUUCUUCUCAUUCUUCCUCUCCUGUCACUCUCCAAACUAUCAAUCCCAAGGUACUGAGAUGUGAGUAUGCUGUUCGAGGUGAAAUUGUCAACAUUGCCCAGAGGUUGCAACAAGAAUUACUGGACAAGCCUGGUACUCUUCCAUUUGACGAGAUACUUUAUUGCAAUAUUGGAAAUCCCCAGUCUCUUGGCCAGCAGCCGAUAACAUUUUUUCGAGAGGUUCUUGCACUAUGUGACCAUCCAUCCAUUUUGGACAAAAGUGAAACACAGGGCUUGUUCAGUGCAGAUUCCAUAGAACGAGCUUGGAAAAUUCUUGAUCAAAUUCCAGGAAGAGCAACUGGUGCUUAUAGUCACAGUCAGGGUAUCAAGGGGUUACGUGAUACAAUUGCUGCUGGAAUUGAAGCUCGUGAUGGUUGUCCUGCUGAUCCAAAUGAUAUUUUCUUAACAGAUGGAGCAAGCCCUGCGGUCCAUAUGAUGAUGCAAUUGCUGAUUACAUCAGAGAAAGAUGGAAUUCUUUGCCCCAUUCCUCAGUACCCUUUAUACUCUGCCUCAAUCGCUCUUCAUGGAGGCACUUUGGUUCCUUAUUAUCUUGAGGAGGCAUCUGGGUGGGGACUAGAGAUCUCUGAACUUAAGAAACAACUCGAGGAUGCCAAAUCCAAGGGCAUCAAUGUCAGGGCCUUGGUUGUUAUAAAUCCAGGCAACCCAACGGGUCAGGUUCUUGCUGAAGGCAACCAGCGGGACAUUGUGGAAUUCUGCAAGCAAGAAGGUCUUGUUCUGCUGGCAGAUGAGGUAUAUCAGGAAAAUGUUUAUGUUCCAGACAAAAAGUUUCACUCUUUCAAAAAAGUUUCCCGGUCCAUGGGGUAUGGGGAGGCAGAUAUUUCUUUGGUGUCCUUCCAGUCAGUCUCUAAGGGAUACUAUGGGGAGUGUGGAAAGAGAGGAGGCUACAUGGAAGUUACAGGAUUUAGUGCUGAAAUAAGGGAACAAAUAUACAAAGUGGCAUCUGUAAAUCUUUGCUCUAAUAUUUCUGGUCAAAUUCUUGCAAGCCUCGUAAUGAGUCCACCCAAGGUUGGGGAUGAAUCAUACGAAUCGUACCGUGACGAGAGAGAUGGCAUUUUAUCAUCCCUUGCAAGGCGUGCCAAGACCUUGGAAGAUGCACUGAACAGCUUAGAUGGCAUAACAUGCAACAAAGCAGAAGGGGCAAUGUAUCUCUUUCCCCGCAUCAACUUGCCCCAUAAGGCAAUUGAAGCUGCUAAGGCUGCAAAUACAGCAGCGGAUGCAUUCUACUGCCGUCAACUGCUCAAUGCCACCGGAAUAGUAGUUGUUCCUGGUUCUGGCUUCGGGCAGGUCCCAGGCACUUGGCAUUUUAGAUGCACAAUACUCCCUCAGGAGGACAAGAUUCCGGCUGUGGUGUCCCGGUUGACUGACUUCCACAAGAAAUUCAUGGACGAGUAUCGUGACUGAAGAAGAAUGGUCUCAAAUGGUUACUGAGAUAAUAGCGGGGAAUAAUAAGGUAGCUUUGCCUUUCGUUAUGCGAAAAGAAGAAACUUUGUAAUGGGGAAACAGACAUUAUAGACAGCAACAUUCAGUUGUCUGUGGAACAACACAUCGGUAUUGUUUGAUAAUUUUAUUGGACAAUACUUGAGAAUGAGUAGAAAUCGUUUCAUUUUU